CACAGUCCUAACGAACUGAACUGUAAAAUGUAAGUAAACCCUGUAAAUUCUAGGUGUGGCAUUUAUCUAGUAGUUGAACGACGACUCAAAGUGUUGAAAGAAACUCGACUUGAAAAGCUGUUAAUAGAAGAGUACAAAACAUGUCGCUGCAGCUCACAGAAGAACAGAUAGGGGAGUUUAAGGAGGCCUUCGCGCUGUUCGACCAAGAUGGCGACGGGACCAUCACUACGGAGGAACUCGGGGUCGUCAUGAGGUCACUGGGGAGGAACCCAACCGAGGCUCAGCUACAGGAGAUGAUGAACACUGCAGACGCUGCCAGGAGCGGCUCUAUCGACUUCGCGGAUUUCCUGAAACUCAUGGCCAGCAAGAUGCUGAGCACCAACGUACAAGAGGAGAUUAUACAGGCCUUUAGAGUCUUUGAUAAGGAUGGCGAUGGUUACGUCAGCGCUGCCGAGCUGCGUCACGUGAUGACGAACCUGGGCGAGAAGAUAUCAGCGGACGAAUUGGACGAGAUGUUCCAAGUGGCCAAUGUGGACGCCAAUGGGAUGAUCAACUACACCGAGUUCGUCAGGGCAAUGAUGGAAGAGUCGUAAAGCAACAUGACGGCCAUGACAUCAUAUUGUUUUCACCUCAACACGUUGAAAAACUGUCAACUGCAAUCAUAAUAUC